GUCUUAAUACUUUUACAUUUCUUCCGUUUUUCUUCUUUAAAAAUAGCAUAUUCAGGGGGGGGAAAUCCAUAUUUUCUUAUAACAGUAAUAUAUUCUCGUCUCACGUCGGCCAUUUUUAACCUUAAAUUUUAAGUCUAUUUCAUUUUAUUUUCGAAAUUCUACAGAGUUUAUAUUUCUCAGAUUAUUACGUAUUUCCUUCUGCCCUAAAGAAAUCACACGAGAAAUAAAGUUGAUAUACGGAGGGAAAAAGUACGAAGAAUCGGAGUAUUUUUCAAUUACACAACUUUUACCACAGUCUUACGAUAGAGAAGAGAUUCCAAUACAAAACGUUUCAGGAAAGACUGCUUGCACGGUUAAUACGAAUUUAGUUAUCACGACUAUAACCAUGAUUAAACCGGAAACAAUGACUUUCAAUGUUGAUUUAAUCGUCGUACAAACUUGGCAAGAUCAUCGUCUUUUGGAGCCAAAAAAUAUUAAUCUUCCUCGAAAAUUAGAUCCGGAAUGGGCUCAAGAACUAUGGUUACCGGAUACUUAUAUCCAUAGCGUGCACGGAAACUAUCAAAAAGCUUUAAUUUCUAAUCAAAUCAUUUAUCUUCACGCCAAUCAUACACUACUUAUUAGAAUUAGAUUAUUUUUAACUCUUUCUUGUUUCAUGGAUCUUCAUAAAUUCCCUCACGACGUCCAAAUUUGUCGAAUUGGUCUUCAGAGCCAGUCUUAUUCUAUGGACGAAUUAAUCUUUCGAUGGUCAAAGGCCGUUGUUUUCAAAUCAGAAAUUAUUCUGCCAGAAUUUCGUAUCGUCAAUGUCGAAUCUUUAACAACCCAAGUUCAAGAUAACGACAGAAACAGCACAGUUCUUAUAGCCGUUAUUCACUUUGAACGUCGUCAACAGUUCUAUUUCUUGUACGUUUACGUACCGAGUGUAUUGGAAGUGUUCAUCUGUAUGUUAUCUUUUGCCUUUGAUGUCGAUCAGGCAGUCGUACGCGUUGGGUUACUCUCGAUCAGUAUUUUAACUUUGGUUAUUCAAAGGAACGUCGUCUUCGUACCAUCAGCAUUCGUAAAAGCAAUCGAUAUUUGGUAUUGUGGAUGUAUAACACUCGUUUUUUCGUCUAUAAUAGAAUAUGCCAUAGUCUACAGAUUACAUUUAAAAUGGAAGAAACGUAAAGAGAACAUACCGAGAUUUGUUCCUCCCGUAGCGUUAAAUCAAAUGACAAAUAAGUUUAACGAUCGAACAUCAACUUCUAUAGAUCGAACAGCGGGAAUUCUACUUCUAUUUAUUUUCUGUGUUUUAAUAAUUAGUUACGUCGUGUUUUAUUCUCCGAGACUUACGUAGACAAAUGUAUAUAAUAAUUUAUAUAAAUACAUUUAACGUUAAGUUUCCUGUCGUUAUACAUCGCAUUAAGAACUGUAUAUAAUUAAUUUAAAAAAUACGAUGAAUAAAAUAGGAGAAGAU